AUGUCAACUGACUUUAACCUUGAACUUGCAUCGAUACUUGAUGGCAAGGCCUCUAUUGAACACCAAAUAGAUAUUCACGAAAAUGACCAAUUUCCGUUAACUGACGUGUUAGCCGGGUUACGUUAUGUCAUGAACUACCGUCUAAAAGGAGGCAGGCUUCCAAAUUUGGAUCCUGACCUAAUGAAACGUUUAUGUGAAGGCUUGUUACUGAAUAUGUCUGAUACUGUGGGUGGGUUGUUGAAGAAGAAACUGACACCCGAGGCUGACGAAGCGUUUAUCCUUUUUGGAGAAUUUUUGGAAGAAGUCGAAGAGUUUCGCCAAGCAGUUGACCAAAAAAAUGUAUCUGAUCUUGCCAAUGCCAUGAAACUUCACCGUCGUUGUCGUAACGACGCGUCACCAGUAGUAAGACAGGCCGCCGUAGCAAUCAUUUACAUGUUAACUGAAUGGUUUCCACAGUUCUCUGAUUGGCGGGAGUUAGUCAAACGCGAGGAACAAAAUGAUGUCGAGAAGGUGAUCAAAGAAUUAUCAACCACUUUAAAAAAGGCGAAAAUGCCGCACCGUAAAGGCGUUCCCUUACCUCCUCCUUCAUUAUAUUUCGAUCGUGAUGUCAUUCGCUGCGUAAAAAUGUUUCGAACGUCUCUCACCGACGGACUUUCCUCAGCUAAUAUCUCGUCGUUUUUAGAAUACUAUGGCCCAAACAAGUUACCUGAUCCACCAAAACCGUCUAUUCUCAAAAUGUUAAUUCAUCAAUUAACCGAUUUCAUGGUUUUGAUUUUACUAGCGGCGACAAUUGUCACCGGGGCGGAAAAGGAUUUUAAAGGGAUGUCGGUUUUAUUGGUGGUUAUCGUUUUAAAUACGAUAAUUGGAUUCACGCAAGAGUAUAAGGCGAAUAAAGCAUUAGAAGCGCUUUCUAAAUUGGCCGUACCUCAGGCACAAAUUAUUCGUGAUGGUCAGAAAGUUGUGAUUGACUCAUCGCUACUUGUUCCCGGGGAUAUUGUAAUUCUUGAAGAAGGAGAUUCUGUUCCUGCAGAUGUCCGAAUAGUAGAAUGCUCUCAUUUUGAAGUGAUAGAAUCAAUAUUAACCGGAGAGAGUUUGCCUGUGUCUAAAAACACCAAAAAAAUUUGGACCAGGACACGAAGUUUACCUCUGGGUGAUUGUAAAGGAAAUGCAUUCAUGUCUACUAUGGUGGCAAAAGGCCGUGCUAAAGGCCUUGUUGUACGAACCGGAAGUAACACCGAAAUUGGUAAAAUUAGUGCUGCUAUUACUACUUCAUCAAAUAUGCAAACACCCAUCCAAAGAAAAUUAGCUCGACUUGGUAUAUGGCUUGUCGUGUUAGCUAUAAUAUUAUGUGUUCUUGUGGUGGUAAUUGGAUUGGCAUAUAAGCGAAAUUCAAAAGACAUGAUAUCAAUUGGCAUGAGUUUGGCUGUCUCGGUAAUUCCUGAAGGUUUAGUCGCUGUAACUACGGUAACAAUGGCUAUCGGAGUACGGAGAAUGGCUGCUCGUAAUGCUAUUGUUCGCACAUUACCAGCUGUCGAAACCCUCGGAAGCGUGACCGUCAUUUGUUCCGACAAAACCGGUACACUUACCGAAGGAAAAAUGGGCCCUAGUGAACUUUGGACUGCCGAUGAUUCUCUCUAUUCAUUUACUAAACCAACAAUAUUGGAUCCUAAUGAAGGCGAGAUUGAAUUUCUCUCGCCGGAAUAUCGCAAAAGAAUUGCUAAACUGGGUCGAGUUUCAAAUCCUAAAGUUUCGAAAAUUUUGUUAAAAAAAAUUGAUGGCGACAAUAAUAGUGAAUCAGCAAUAGAACCACAACCUGUGACUCGUGAACUAAAUGAUGCACCCGCUCAUAUGGUCGCUUUGAUACUCGCUGCUCAAAAAGGUGGCUUUUCUAAAGAAUUUUGGGAGAAAAAACAAGGAUUUACCAAAAUUCGUGAACAGCCGUUCGAUAGUGAACGUAAACUCAUGAGUGUGGUAUACAGAUUUGACUAUUCGAAUCUACCUGCAAAUUUAAAUCAAACUAAAAAAUACAUAGUGAUGGCAAAAGGUGCACCCGAGGAACUUUUACACAAGUGUACAAGUUGCCUUCCGGCUAGUGAUUCUUCAAAAUCACAAAUAACGUUCGAACAAAUAAUUGGCGAGAAAGAAGGCAUUCAAAAUGUUCCAUUAACUGAUGAUUUCAUUGAUAAAGUAUCCAAAGAAAGUUCACGAAUGGCGUCUAAUGGAUUGAGAGUUCUCGGGCUAGCAUUAAAAACCGUUCGGGUUGACGAUGAAUCUUUGGAAGCUUCGUCCUCUGAGGAAAUUGUUGUUGUCGUUGAUGAUAAUGAAUCAGUGGUGGAAUCUACGUUAAAUCCUGCUUUUGCCGAAAACGAGUUCACCUUUGUAGGGCUGAUUGGGCUAAUCGAUCCUCCAAGAGCAGGGGUAGCAGAAUCUGUGCAAAAAUGUAAAGAUGCGGGUAUUCGUGUUAUUAUGAUAACUGGUGAUCAUAUAGCGACAGCUACUGCGAUUGCCACUGAUAUUGGUAUAUUCGAACCUGGUAUAACUGGCAUGAGUCGGGCUAUUAGAGGUGUGGAAUUAGAUUUACUCUCUGACGAUGCAAUUGCCGCGCUAGAACCUUUUCCUAAUGUAUUUGCUCGCGUCAGUCCAAAUAAUAAACUCAAAAUUGUAAAGGCGCUACAAGACCUUGGCAAUUCGGUGGCUAUGACUGGAGAUGGCGUUAAUGAUGCACCUGCAAUAAAAACUGCCAAUAUUGGUGUAGCCAUGGGCAUAAGUGGAACCGAAAUCACUAAACAGGCAGCCGAUAUAAUUCUCACCAACGAUGAUUUUUCAACAAUUGUGACCGCGGUCGAAAUUGGUCGUCAAGUGUUUGAUAAUAUUUUGAAAUUCAUCGUGUAUCUUUUGGGUUGUAAUGGCGCCGAAAUUAUUAUAUUUUUGCUUUCGGCGUCGAUUAAUGAUGAUUUACCUUUUACGACAAUUAUGAUUUUAUGGGCGAAUAUUAUCGCUGAUGUUCCACCAGCCAUGUCUCUUGGGGUGGAACCCGGUGAAAAAGAUAUAAUGCGACGUCUUCCUCGGAAUCCAAAAGCAGGUGUAUUAGACAAAAUUGCCAUUGUAACACUCACCACGCAAUCAUUCGUCAUGGCGUUGUCAUCUUUUGGGAUCUAUCAAAUUGCACUAAAAAUUGAAAAUAAAAAUUUAGAAGAUGCGCGAUCUUUGGCUUUCGCGACUUUGACUACUUUGCAGCUCCUACAAGGGUUUUUGUCUAGGACAUUAAAUAUUAGUGUUUUCAAGAUGGGAUUUUUCGGUAAUAAGUGGAUGAUUGUCAGUAUCCUUGGUUCUUUCAUAGCAAUGUUAAUCGGUAUUUAUGUACCAGGAAUACGUGAUUGGCUCGAACUCACUCCUGUUCCUGGAUUCGGAUGGCUGAAAAUCAUCAUCUGUUGUAUGGUUUUGAUUUUGUCUAGUGAGCUUACCAAGUGGUAUGGUCGUCAUGUUCGAAAUUUGGCUGCUAAAGCAAAUUAG